AUGUUCUCGUGCUUGCGUAAUGUUUCUAAGAAAAAAGAAUUGGAACAGAAAGCACCAGACCAUGAAGUAGGAUGUUCCAGCAGUAGCUUGAGGAAUUUCGAUUACAAGGAGUUGAAAAAGGCAACCAAGAACUUCAGCCCGACGAGGUCCCUCACUGAUGUUUCAGUGUUCAAGGGUUUUAUGAACGAGGCGGUUCUUACUCCAUCAUCUUUUUCCACUUCCAAAAUCCCUGUGGUAGUCAAGGCAUAUUAUUGUAGUGUAGAGAGUAGUCAACAUAUAAGAUGGCAGGAUGAGCUGAACUUCUUGGGAAGAUUGUCUCACCCGAACUUGAUUCGCUUAUUAGGAUCAGGACAUUGCUGGACAAAGGAACAAUUUUUCUUAGUGUCUGAAUAUAUGCCCAAAGGAAGCUUAAAUAACCAUUUGUUAAAUGGCAAUACACUUAGCUGGGAUCAGCGGAUGAACAUUGCUUUGGGUGUAGCUCAAGGCCUAGCGUUUUUGGAUAGUAGUUGUUCUGACAUACCGUGGGUGUACGACUACUUUAGGCCCUCAAGAAUACUUCUUGAUCAGGAUUAUAAUGCAAAGAUAUCGGUUUUUGGCUUACCAAAAUUUUCAAGGGAAGAAAACUCGAAAAAACAUUUUAUUUUUAAAGGUUCAGAGUAUUUUUCUCCAGAUUUCUUAAAUACAGGUCAUAGGACGAACCAUAGCAUUGUGUAUAGUUUUGGAGUGAUAUUGUAUAUGAUGCUAAUAGGCGUUCAUCAUGCUAAAGAUGCAAAUAGGGAGGACUGGAUAGAGCGGCUCUCAGUCUCCAACAAGGCAGAACUCGAGAAAGUUAUUGACCCGUGUUUGAAGGGUCAAUGUACACUCGAGGUAGCUUUCAAGGUGGCUCAAUAUACUAGCAAAUGCCUUGGUGUGCGGCCUGCAAAGAGUGCAAACCGCCCGUCUAUGCAGGAGGUAGCAUUUGAGUUAGCUCAACUGCUGAAAACUGCACCUAAUACUCAUGGUGGAACGGAGUAG